UCUUGUCUCUCAGGAGGGAAGCGGCGCCGCCCCGCGUUUCUUCCGGUUCCCGGAUGUAGGGCCAGUUGUGUCUCUGCGACCUGUCUGGCUUCUGUGUCUCGUAACUGUCGCCAGAUCACUAUACUCAGUGGGCGCUGACGCGAGCCCGGCUCGUCCGUGUGCAGCCUCCCGGGAGCGAAGACAGCGCGGACGCCCCCGGGAUAAAACGCCGGUUUCUCGGUUUUUAAGACUCUGCCCAGGCCGGCGCCAGGCGCGCGGUGACAAUCUGUGAAACAAGAGAAAACAGAAACUACUAUGUUUAUGGAAGAGAACAAGAAUUCAAAAGUUACUCUACUCUCUGAAAAUAAACAGUGCAAGAAUACUGAUGUCCUUAUGUAUUUAGAAGAGGAGAGCCAAGAUCUGAAAACUACUGGGCCUUCGGGGGAACAAGGGAGUUAGUAAUUCAGCAGUCAUGUUGUUCUCCAGGGAGGAGGAAGAGGAAGGAGAUGAACUGGAAGACACAGUAUAUUCAGAGGAUGAAGAGGCUUAUGAAAAUCCAGAAGCUGUUGUGUACUCAGGCGAAGAAUGGGAAGGUGAGAAUCUAGAUACUGAUUUAUACUUAGGAGAAAAGGAUGAUCUAGAACCUGUGGCAUAUGUUGAAGAUCCAGAAUCAGCAGAGGAAGAGGAAGCCUGUGUGGAUCUGGAGUACACCGAAUAUUGUGGGGAAAAUGACAUGAUCGGGUACUCGGAUGAUGAACAGAGAUGUGAGAAUUUAGAGACUGAAGUUUCUUCGGAGGAGGAGGAGGCGGCAGCCAAUUUAGAAGAGAGAAGAAAAACAUUCAAAGAAAUCCUGUCAUGUUUGGCAAUGGACAGGAAUAGAAAGCUUCUACCAAGUUUUGUUCAUCAGUUCCACUUGGACCAUGGAUGUCAUUGGACCCCUCAGACACCAGCCGACUUAGCCUGGAAUUUCCUAGUAAAAAUUCAGUCCUUGGAUGUGACUGCUAGAGAUACAGUCCUCAGCCAGAGAGUCAUGGAUGAGGAUAGCAAAGAGGGACUGAUCACUAAGGUUGAUAUGGGUCUUAGAGACAAAGAGACCAUUGAUCCCCUUGAUGUCCUUUGUGCCAUCAUGCUUUGUUCUGACAUCUCUUUGCAGCAGGAGGUCUUGGGGAACAUGUUUAAGUGUCACUUUGCCCUUCCCUUGCUGCUACCAGAUGCAGAGAACAAUAAGUGCAUUUUGAUGCUAGAGGCCAUGAGGAACAUUGUGCCAAAGGACUCAAUACAUUCCCUAGGAGAUGCUGCUCAGGUUGGUGUAAAGUCUCUAGUGUUUAUGAAAAUGCCUCUUAUCUCUUUUGUUCGAUUGGGGUGCUGUGGUUCAUCUAAAUCCAAGAUCCUUAAUGCAGUACUCAGCCCUCCCCAAAAGCAGCUUCCCCACAUCUUUCUGCACUGAGACUCCCAUGCCUCAUUAUGUCCUCGGCAAAUCUCUGAUGGCAUGGUUGAGAUUACUUGGUGUUUCCCUAACAGUGGAGCUGGUAAGGAAAAUUCUGACAUUUUCCAAGAUCCUGUGGCUGUGGCCAACCUUAGGGGAGAUCUGGAGUUAUUCUGGAUGCAGUUUGGCUUUUUAACGGAGGUCUCCUCAGCUAUGUUCAUUUUUAUUGACUGUCCAGGUGAGAGGGAAUGGGACCUCCUAGCAUUUCUAGGAGAAUCUGCUAAGGAAAGAUGCUACUUCAUUCUCAGUCCUCAGUCUAGGGAGAGUGAGGAAGCCCAACUAUUCCAGAGAAUUCUGAAACUGAAGCCAUCACAACUACUGCUUCUAGAGGAGAGUGAUAUGGAGGAUAGAGGAAGGCAUGCAGAGGGCCUCCAAAUAGCCCUGAAGGAGGUAAUGCGCUCUCCUCUCAGACAUGUGUCAGUGGAAGAUAUGGCAUCAUUGGCCAGAGAGUUGGGGAUCCAGGUGGAUCAGGACUGUGAGAAAGCCCAAAGUGUCCAAGGGACCCUUAGUGAAGCCACAGGUGAGGAUGAGGUACUCCAGAGCCAUACUUAUCCCACACAUCUGCCAGGAAACCAGUGUCAAAUACCUGCAAGAGGGACUGGGAUUUUUAGGGGAGUCCACCCCCAACCUCAUGCUUUCUACCGUACUUCAUCAUUUACCUCUGGCCCAUGGGCUUGGAGGCACCCACUGACCAUGAUGAAUGGUAAUCUUUACCAGGCUCCUCUGAGACCCUACUGUUCCAUGGGCUCCAAUGUGUGGCCAGGGGUUAGGCCCAGAUGGUUAAGCCCUCUGGCCUUUCACAAUAUAAGGGCCAAUAUACAAGGCAGAAGUCCUGGUAGAGGGGCUUGCAAACCUCAGAGAAUUCAUCAAGCUGCAGCAUUAGUGAAAUCCUCUAGAUCUCCCCCAGUACAGCAUUUGGUAAGACCACCUGGACUCAUUUCUCAAACUGUACUGGCCCCAUACCAGGGAUCUCAGUCAAAAAAUUUAGGAGCCAGUAGAUUCACCUCCCCGGCAGGUCAUUUGCAAACCCUAGGACCACAGCCAUCAGGAACAUCUAUUCUACCUAUUAGACCAAAUUUCCAUUUAGGGUGGUUCUGGAACCCAAGAUUCCAACAUGUAGGAGUGACCAAGGAACCUAUGAGACAAGCAUCAAGUUCAAGACAACACCAGCCUACAGAAGUACAGGCUGCAGAAACAUCGAGGAGGCCAGCCUCCCAAGCACAGGGAUCAAAGCUAGGAAGAACAUCUGGGACCCAGAGAUCUCAGCCAGCAGGAGCAGCUGGGCAGCCAAUGAAAUUGUCCUGUCAUAUAGGAAGCACCAUACCCCAGCCACCUCAACCAGCCAGAACAACUGGGAGACCCUUAAGGCCUGCCUGUCAGCGCCAGGGUCAGUCCAUAAAACCUGCUUCCCAAACAGGAUGCUCAUCCAAUUAUAAUAACAAACCAUCACUCAAGUCUCAGUCCAAGCCUCCUCAAAAUAAGCCAUCCAGCUCCAAAGGAGGAGCCAAGAGGAGAGGAAAGUAAUUAUUCCAGAAUCUAGUGAGUCUGAUUAUCAAGAGGCAGCUAACCAGUGCAGUGGAUUGAAUGCUGGACCUAGAGUCAGGAAGACCUGAGUUCAAAUCUCACUUCAGAUGUUUACUUGCUAUGAGACCCUGGACUUAAUCUCUGUCUGCCUCAGUUUUCUUAUUUGUAAAAUGGGAAUAAUACUAGAAGUUACCUUCCAGGGUUAUUGG